AUGCCCUCCUAUAUAAAAUUUCUAAAGGAAAUCCUUUCCAAGAAAAAGAGACUAAAAAACUAUGAGACAGUUGCUCUAACAGAAGAAUGUAGUGCCAUCCUACAGAACAAGCUGCCUUCAAAAUUAAAAGAUCCUGGAAGCUUCUCCAUGCCAUGCUUGAUUGGCAAUAUGAAUAUUGACAAAGCCCUCUGUGACCUUAGAGCCAGCGUGAGCCUAAUGCCCUUGUGCAUAUGUGAAAAGCUGAAUGUGGGAGAAUUGAGACCAAUUACCAUUUCCUUGCAAUUAGCAAACAGAUCAGUUAAGUACCCAGUUGGCAUCCUAGAAAACAUCCCCAUCAAGGUGGGAAAAUUUUUCAUUCCAGUAGAUUUUAUUAUCCUGGAGAUGGAGGAGGAUGUCCAAAUUCCCAUAAUAUUAGGAAGACCUUUCUUGGCAACUGCUGGAGCAAUCAUAGACAUAAAAAAUGGGCGUCUAACUCUCAAAAUGGGGGAUGAAUAG